CCUUAACGUAACAAAAAUUGUAAGUUUGUGGUUGGUUGAAUGCAACUUCAGUUUUUGUAUGACAAACAUAUGUCUUGUCACUAGUUGUAAAUAACCGGUGUACGCAUUACGCACAUUUUUUAAUGGUGUGAAAAUGGGUAGCACAAGGUGAUGGUAAGGUAAUUAGUGGUAAUGUACUGGCAUAAUAAAUAGUAACAUAAACAUAUUAUGCAUUGCGUUCCUUGACUUCGAAAGUGGCUAACGUAAUAUUUCACGAUGCUAACCCUUACUGUAAGGAGAAUAACUUCGAAAAUAAUAUCAAGAAGCUUGUUCAGUACAGCAGCGAAUUGCAAGCGCUCCGCCGAUCCUAUACAAGACUCUCUUUUGGAAGAGAAAUGUUUUUUGGUUGAUGACACAGAUCAUAUUAUUGGGCAGGCUUCCAAAAGAGACUGCCACUUGGUUCAGAAAAAUGGUCAUAUUCCUCUUCAUAGAGGUUUUAGUGUCUUCUUGUUUAAUAAAAAAGGAGAUUUGCUUUUACAGAAGCGAUCUGCAGACAAGAUAACUUAUCCAGAUAUGUAUACGAAUACCUGCUGCAGCCAUCCAGUAGCUGAUUUUCCAGGAGAAGACGAGGAAGAAAACGCGAUAGGAGUGAAACGGGCAGCUAGGAGGCGUUUGAAUUAUGAACUGGGCAUCCCUCUCGAGAAGAUCCCAUUAGAAAAUUUGAAUUACAUUACUAGGAUCCAUUACAAGGACGAGGGUAAUGGGAAAUGGGGUGAACACGAAAUUGACUACGUCAUAUUUUUUCAAGCAGACGUUAAAGUGAAACCUAAUUCAAAUGAAAUAUCGGAGAUCUCUUUUGUGCCGAGAAAGGAGUUAGACGAUUUUAUUCCGACACUUACAGGUCCAAUGACGCCCUGGUUUCAGUUGAUGCUAAAGCACAGACUUCGGUUCUGGUGGGACAAUUUGGAUAACUUGGAGGAAAUUAAGGAUCACUCGAAUAUUUUGAAAUUUUCAUAGUGUCCCGUAAAUCGUUUUAUUUAAUUUUAGAGGUUUAGGAAUGUCUUACAUUACGUUAUUUAUAUUACACGACUUGUAUAAUAAUUUUAAAUAAGUGUGAUAUUUUUAAUAAGUACCAGAGGGAGAAUAAAACCACAAUCAAAUAUAUUUUUUAUUUCA